AUGGCUGAGCGAACCCCGGUAGUCAAGAAGUAUCGUGAUGCCCUGGAAAAUGUCAUAGGAGCAACAAUGGAGUUCCUUGCUCGCGCACCACCGCCAAAUUCCACCCAAGAUCCAAGUCUCCCUUCAAACUCAGCACAGGAGCCAUCUAGUGAACGGGUUUCGCAACCAUACCUUGAGCUCGACGGUGGAGCAGCCUCGAUUGCGUUCACUGGCGCAGCGCAAGAGAGCUACUUGAGAGGCUCUCCAAAAAGAGUUGUCGAUUCCAAUGGCGACGUCAAUCUAGCGAGCUUCAUGGAUGAUGACGGUGCUGAGAAAGAAGAUUUUGGAUACAUGCCUCAAGCCCAGACAAGUCCUGGAGCAGAAGGCAGAUGGGAAGGGCGGCACGGAGAGCUUGGGCAAAUGGAUGCCGAGUGGAUGUUGAGUUUGUGUGAAGGGGAUGGUUUCAACUUACAAAUGCUGAACGAGAUGAUGAGAUUCGAGCCGAGUCUUGGAGUAUACAAGAACAUAUGGAAGAGUUUGUUGAAAGUCAGUGCCAACUGCGAAUAA